UGGUCUAAGCCAUUACUCGCUGACUUAGAGAAUCAUGUCGUUCAGCCACUACGACCCGGCUGCGGAGAUUUGCUGGACAAGAUCGGAUUGGAUUGUGCAUAAGGUCAUCCAUCCCUUGGAGUUGUUGUAGCUUCUGUCACUGCUGGUGAUGGGGAAAUAUGGCACUACUCCUCCUCCGGAGAAUCCUGUUUAUCUCGGCACCCUUGACGUGAGGAAGGCCAGGACGCAAUUAUGCAGUGUCAUUGCUGUCCUCUGCUGCGCUUUCACUUUUGAUCUUGUAUCUGUGGUGGCUCUGUACCUCUCUCUGCACUUAUGGACGCUAGCUCCUCAUCACAAGUCAUGGAGGGGGUUUUGGAAGUCCCUAUUUGCGUUCAGUACCGACAGUGGCGAUCUCGUCUGCUUAUGCGUAGCGAGGAUGGUUCUUUUUACUUCCUUUGCUUACUAUGCAGGUGGUCUUGCAUGGAAGGAGCAGAAGAAGUCUGAGGUGGGAGGUGGGGGUAGGAAGACUGCUGGGGGGGUUCAGGCAGAGGGGAGCGUAAACCACAAUGUGAGAGGAGGAGCACCCGCUGGGGCAUCCACAUCAGAUCUAUAUGAGCCCCUCCUUGGCUCUAGAAGCAGAGAGAGGAAAGCCCAAAAGAGUCCUAAGGCAGCAAAAGACAAAGGAUUCUCAGAAUGGUUCAGCGGGACGUCAAGGAAAGAUGUCAUUCUGAUGGUUUCCUUCCUCUGCUCCACUAUCUUCCAGGUUUAUGUUGGAGCAAAAUGUGUCUCGUUCAAUUUUGGCGACGAGCUUGUGCAAGGAUUCCUCAUGGGGUCUGGUGUGUUCUGGAUUAACUGUGAAAGCAUGCUGGUAGGCCGAGUCGUGAAGAGCUGUUAUGUUGUUCAGCGUGCGCAGCAGCAUGAAGCACAGAGGCAACUGGAAGAGGAAAGGGCCAACGAUCCAGAGGCGGCUGCAAACCGCAUCACAGGAGACUUUGGCAAAAGCAUUCUUGAUCCUCUGUCGGCGGCGGUGGUGGUGAGAGAGGGUACUCUGCGAGGAGACAAAGGUAUUCGCUCGGAAAUGGAUGUCAGCCAUCAGAAGUAUCUUAUUCGUGCUUUGUCCCUGGCGAGGCAGGAAGCUGGACUCAUCACUCUAGGGAUUUUCUGUCUGCUGGUGACCGCUGGCUCAUCGCUCAUCCUGCCCAACUAUCAGGGAAGUAUACUCGACCGGGUCAUUCAAAGCGAUGUCCCAGGCUUCAGAGCGGAUGUGGUGCUGCUUAUUGCGUUUAGCUUUGUCAAUGGUGUGUUUGGCGGAAUCCGAGGACUGUGCUUCUCGAUGGUCGCCAAGAGGGUGUUGAAAACAUUGCAAGAUCGCCUCUUCAGGGGAGUGAUUACGCAGGACAUCGCGUACUUCGACGCCACAACAUCUGGGGAGUUAACUUCCCGCUUGACAAACGAUGUGGGUUCCAUGUCGGAGCCGCUUAAUUGGAUGCUCAGCACGCUGCUUCGUAAUCUGCUCAACCUGGCGGGAGGUUUCGUGAUGUGUUUCUACACCAGCUGGAAGCUGAGCAUGCUUGCAUUUACAACCAUGGCGCCAAUAAUGCACAUAACUGCAAUCUACUCCCGAUGGUCGCGAGAGCUCAAUCGGAAGCGAUAUGCGUUGCUUGCUGAGGCGAACUCCGCUGCUGCAGAAGCUCUAGGAAACAUCCGAACUGUACGGGCGUUUUCGACAGAAGAUGUAGAGGUGGAGCGGUUUAAGUCUAAAACUCUGGCAGCAAUGGUCAAAGGCGUGCGGGAUGCGUAUGCGUAUUCUGGGGCAGUGGCCAUCAACAACUGGCUAGAUCUGGGCGCAAGCAUUACAUCAAUGAAUGGGAGCAUAAAGUUGGAGAACGUUUUCUUCCACUACCAAAUGCGUCCGCAGCACUCUGUUCUCGCAGGUGUGAACCUGACCGUGGAUGAAGGAAAGGUUUGCGCACUUGUUGGCCGCAGCGGUGGGGGGAAGUCGACGAUUAUUCAUCUCUUGAUGCGCUUCUAUGACCCAGUGAGCGGCCGAAUUUUGCUGGACGGGAGGGACUUGAAGGACCUCAAUCUACGUUCUGUCCAUCGGCACAUGGGUACUGUUGCCCAGGAUACCCAGAUGUUUGCGUGCUCGAUCGAAGAGAACAUCACGUAUGGUCUGCCCACAUACAGCAAGGAAGAGAUGGAAGAAGCUUCCAGGCAAGCGAAUGCACACGACUUCAUCAUGAGAUUUCCGGAGGGGUACGCCACACGGGUCGGGGAGCGAGGAGUUCGGUUAUCGGGUGGGCAACGACAGCGGCUCGCAAUCGCCAGAAUGCUACUGCGGAAGCCGAAGAUUUUGCUAUUGGAUGAGGCGACAAGUGCGCUCGACACAGAGAGUGAGGCUUUGGUGCAACAAGCGCUGGAUCGUCUGAUCGAGGCAGGCGGGAGGACGGUCAUUCUCGUCGCCCACCGCCUCUCCACAGUGCGAAACGCACACCAGAUUGCUGUCAUGGAGAAGGGGAGGGUGGUCGAGCUAGGAACCCAUGAUCAGCUCAUCACAAAGAAUGAGGGAGUUUAUGCGAGACUUGUGAGGCGGCAGGUGUACAGUGAAGCAAACAAAAUUGCUGAGGAUUUCGCAGCUUAUUCCGGCGGCAUGUCGGUGCACAUGGACAGCAGUAAUGGGUUGUCAAUCCAGAUGGCUUCCCAGCCAUAGCCAGCCAGAGCUUCGCAUGUUCGUUUUCAUGUCAAUGAAUGGUGCUUUUUGCA